GUCUUUCGCCCAACCAUACUCUCUCUUCUGCUUUUCAGAAUAACACCUGCAUGUUUUUACAGAGAAACCCAACAAGUGUGGUUGGUUUUUUUUAAAACGAAAGGGCUGAGGAGCUAUAAUGGCAAUGCUUACGUGUAACUUUCUCAAUUCCUCAUGGGCAUCUAUAUAACACACCCCUCCAAGGCUGCCCCAGUCUGUCUGCCACACACAACGUCUGUUUCAGCAAAUGUAGUAGACGACUUGCCUGUCCACAUCUUAACAUUGUGAGAGGGAUUUGUUGCUCUUUUUAAGCCAUGCUGUGUGAGAGCAGACUUUGGAUUCUGGCCUACAGUCGAGUAGAGGAAGUGGCCUCCACACCUCCAGAGAGUGUCCUUCGGAGCCCCACCUGGCAGGGAACUCAUAGAGCUGCUGCUGCCGCUGCCUGUGUCAUGCCCGCCUCCACGCGCCGAUCCUCCAGAGUCCCUCGGAGAGAUUCCCCACACCCGGACAUGGGAUCAUGGUCGCGUUUUUUGCCAUUUGAUCGCAGUUCCAUGAGCGACCCUCCCGUGGGCUCCAGGGGCCUUGGGAGGGGACACAUCUCUCCGGAGGUGGAGAUCCCCCACCAGGAAGGCUCCGUCAGCGACGGCCCCUUCCUGGUGCCCGCCUCUUGUCAGCUCAUCUGCCAGAACUACAGCGACCUCUGCAUCCGAGGGGACCAGGUGCUGCCCCUCUCCUCCCAGAGCACUCGGGACCCCCUGCUGGGGGCCGACACCAAAGCCGUCGGACCUUUCCUCCAGUCCUGCGACGUCCUCCGGGAGGUGGAGGAUUCCCUCCCGGAGCAGAGCUCCCAGGCCGGGCCCCUGCGCCUCCUGCCCAGGAGGACGGGGUCUAACCGCUGGAGACAAGGCAGCGGGCGCGACCUGAGCUUUUUAUUCCACGGGCGAGAGGGGCCCUUCACCAACUCCCUGCUCAACUGCUACCUGGAGCACAAGCUGCUGGACCUGAACCAGCAGUACAUACUAGAGAACAUGGCCCGGGACCAGGCCGGCGGCCCGUACUCUGACCCGCCGUACCCCUUGAUGGCCUCGGAGCUCAUUCUGACCAGCCUGGACCAGCUCACCCAGCAGCUGAGCCGAGAGCGCCGCCUGGAGGCCGGCUUGGCCAAAGACAUGGUGAUCAGCUGCUUCCUGCGGGUGGCCAGCGACAUGUCGGGGGAGAUCAGCACCCCCAUGCUGCAAUUCUCUGAGGACCCCCCGGUCCCGCAGGCGGAGGAAGCUCUUUGCGAGGAGGAACUGGACAGACCUGCCCAACUGGCCCGGGACCUGGGCUAGAGGGAGGUCUUGUGCGAUCACUGCUGAGAUGCAUGUUGAUCGUCACGCCACAACAGGGAUGGUGACACAGUGUGAAUAACGUUUGCAGAGGCAUUGGGCUCAGGGCUGAAAUAAUUAUUUGUGUCCAUCUCUCUCUCUCUCUCUCUCUCUCUCUCUCUCUCUCUCUCUCUCUCUCUCUCUCUCUCUCUCUCUCUCUCUCUCUCUCUCUCUCUCUCUCUCUCUUUCUCACUU